GAGAGAGCCUAGAGAUUUUUGUUUUUUUGUUAUCCUUCUCCUAAACCACUUUCUCAGCCCCGAAACAUCCAUAAAUCAAUUGGUAGGUAGGAGAAGGAGAAAGAUAAAACGACGAUGGAGAUUGUUCCAAAGACUCCCGAAAAACCUAAAUUAUUAUUUACUAAAUUUUAUGUGAGACGAAAGCACCUCGACACACCCCAAGAUAUCAUCUCUGGUUCUGUAAUUUCUCCACUCGAAUUAGAUCCUCCUCUUCAUAAACAAGAGCUUCAUGAACAAGAUAAUUCACAAAGCACUGACCAAAAAGAGGAGAAGAAGAAGACUUCAGAUGAAGAGCCUGAAAGAAAUUGUCAUGAGUCAGAUAUUUUUCAAGGUGAUGAUGAUUCACAACAUGUUAGUGGAAAAAGAAAGAGAAAUAAUUCGAAAGAGACGCAAAAGAAGAUGAGGUAUCAUAGACCUCGGAUCAUGGAAGAGGGGAAAAAACCAAGGAAUCCCACCACUACUCGACUGAGAACUAUAUCCAAGAAGAAAGGAAAGAAAAAGGACAACAACAACGCCAGUGAAGAUGAAGUUAUUAUAGCCGAGCCUCCAACUCCACAAAAGCAAAGUAGAAGUAAAACUGAGAAGCCUAAAAAAAGAAAUGUGGCUCGAACUUUGAAUUUUAAUCUUCUUAGUUGUCUUGAGCUCGAGAGAAUUUGUGGACCAACUUUUCCAAAGGGGAGAAAGAGGAUGACUCCAGCUCGUAGAUCUGAUUUCCACUGUUUGAUAUCUCCCUACACAUUUCCUCUACCUAUUUGGAAAAAGCAAUCAAGAAGGUCUAACCGUAGGAAAAACUUGGUCAGAUGGUUUGCAAUUGCCUUCUCUCUUGAACUGCAAGAGCCAGAGGAGACCCUACCUUUAGUCUCCAGGCACUUAUCUCAAGCAGAUGUUCCUUUGCACAUUGAAGACACGACUAGUAAUGCAGCAUUAAAGAUGGAUUCUAAAUCCAAUAACAGCACUAAAGAUACUGUUGAGCCGUUAAUCCUACAAAGUAAUCAUCAAAAAGAUAAUGCCGUUUCACCUAUAUCAGAAGUUCCUUUGCAGAUUAAAGACUCACCCAUGAGACAAGUUAGUUGUGUAGUCCCAAAGAAAAGCAAAAAAAUUACUAAGAACAUCGUUGGGAAUUUAAUCCAACAAAUUACUUAUCAGAAAGAUCACGGUCUCCCAUCCUUAGCAGAUGUUCCUUUGCACAUUGAAGACACACUCAUGAGAUCUGCUAGUGAUGUACCCGUAGAACGAGAAAAAACUAAGGAUAUUGCUAAGUUAAUCAAAGAAAUGAGAAGAUUAAAUAUCAACAGAAGGGUAACAACAACGUUGAUAGAAUCUGGCAAAAAGCUUGUUACUGCAAAGGUUAAACUUGAUCCAGAGACCAUUAAAGAGUGGGAGCUCUUAAUGGUGAAUAGCAAAUCACAUGCUGACAAGAAAACAAAUGCCGAGUGGGAACAAAAAAGGGAGAACUUCAAAAUUAGUAAUAUAGAUCUUUUCAUUCAUCGGAUGCAUCUUCUACAAGGCAAUAGAAAGUUUAAGCAGUGGAAAGGCUCGGUUGUUGACUCAGUGGUUGGAGUUUUCUUGACUCAAAAUGUUUCUGACUAUCUUUCAAGCAACGCUUUCAUGAGUGUGGCUGCAAAAUUUCCCGCGAAUGCAAGAGAAUGUUUAGAUCCUCUAGCAUACUACAUUGAGGAACCGGAAGAUGUUAAUGACUCAAUUCUUGCUGACCAAGAACCAACUCAUAUAGGAAACGAUGAUGCUAAGAAUUCUCAGUUCAUCACCUUAUCUAAGGACUCAAUACCAGAGGUAGAAGAACAUGAGAAAUCUGCAAAGAGGAAAAACAAAAAAACCGGUAUUAUGGAAGAUGCGAUUGUUGAUUGGAAUACUAUUAGAAAGAAAUACACAAAAGAAGGAUCUCGACAAAAAAUGCAUAUGGACUCUGUGAAUUGGAAUGAUGUGAGAUUAUCUGGCGAAAAAGUUUUCCAAAACAUCAUCAGACAACGAGGGCAAUUCAAGAUUCUCUCAGGAAGAAUUUUGAAAUUUCUCAGAGAUGAAGUUAGACAAAAUGGAACUAUUGAUCUUGAAUGGCUCCGAGAUGCUCCAUCAGAUCUAGUGAAGAGAUAUCUAUUGGAGAUUGAAGGGAUAGGACUAAAGAGUGCUGAAUGUGUACGACUGUUAGGAAUUAAACAUUCUGCAUUUCCGGUUGACACAAAUGUUGGUCGUAUAGCAGUUAGACUUGGUUGGGUUCCUCUUGAACCUUUACCAGAUGGAAUUCAAAUGCAUCAACUAUCCCAGUACCCUUCAAUGGAUUCGAUUCAACAAUACCUUUGGCCACGACUAUGUAAACUUCCUCAAGAAACUCUAUAUGAACUACAUUAUCAGAUGAUAACAUUUGGAAAGGUUUUCUGCACAAAGGCUCUUCCUAACUGUAAUGCGUGUCCAAUGAAGUCCGAAUGCAAAUAUUUUGCAAGUGCAUAUGUCAGUUCUAAGGUUCUUCUGGAAGGUCCAGAAGAGAAGACGCAUGAUGAGCCUGAUACUUUUAAACAUGCAUGUUCUCAAGAUGUCGACGUUAACAUGACAUCAAAUAUAAAUCUGAUAGAGGAAUGUGCUUCUCCCAGAUGUAGCGAGCAAGAUAUAUGUUGUAAGCCAUUGGUUGAGUUUCCUUCUUCUCCAAGACCGGAGAUUCCCGAGUUAGUAGACAUUGAAGAUUUUCCAUGGAGAAAUACUUAUCAGCCAUAUGCUAGAAUUCCUGAAAUUGAUAUUGACUUGGAUGCAUUGAAGAAAAAUGUAGAGGAUGCACUUGUAGAAGGUGGAAAGAUAUUGAGCAGCUCUGAUGAAGAAAUAUCAAAAGCAAUAGUACUUCUCACCCCUGAAAAUGCAUGCAUUCCAAUCAAACCACCUCGAAAAAUGAAGUAUUAUGAUCGACUAAGAACUGAGCAUGUGGUAUAUGUGCUUCCUGACAAUCAUAAGCUUCUACACGAUUUUGAGAGAAGAGAACUUGAUGAUCCGAGUCCCUACCUUCUUGCGAUUUGGCAACCAGGUGAAACGUCAAACUCGUUCACUCAACCAAAAAAAAAGUGUGACUUUGACGGAUCAGAAUUAUGCAAGAAAAAGACUUGUUCUUAUUGUUGGGCUAUACGUGAACAAAGCUCUAACACUUCUCGUGGAACAAUUUUGAUUCCAUGUAGAACAGCAAUGCGAGCGGGUUUCCCACUCAAUGGAACAUAUUUUCAGACUAAUGAGGUUUUUGCAGAUCAUGAGACAAGUUUAGAACCCGUUGUGUUUCCUAGAGAGUGGUGUGACGGACUAGAAAAACGAGCAAUGUACUGUGGUUCGUCGGUAUCAUCUAUUUUUCGACUUUUAGACACAAGACGGAUUCAACUUUGCUUUUGGACAGGGUUUUUAUGUAUGAGAGCAUUUGAUAGAAAGAAGCGAAUGCCACAAGAACUUGUUCGAAGACUACACACGCCACCUGUUGAGAGAGGGCCAAAAUACAUGCAUGACGAUGAUAUAUAAUCGUUUAGUUUAGUUUUUCUUUUGUGUAGUUUUGCAAACUUUUUCAAUUGAAUGACAAAAGAAGUUUUUAUGAUUAAAAACAAAUGGUUUUUCAUAUGAUUUGGUUUCA